UUAAAAGUCGUUCUGUUUGUCAGUUCUGAUCAAUUCUAAAGCUAGUGUCAAGUAUUUUGUUGCUCACAAAUCAGUAAUGUGGUAUAAAAUAAUCUUUUGCUUUUAAUCUAUUACUGUUUCAAGUAGUAAACUAGAUGCAUUAUCUUAAAAGUAUAGCAUUUAAAUUGUGCGAAAUUUGAAGUAGCACUCUUGACCAUUGAUCCAGAAGGGACUUACUAUAGUAUCACAUUAUUGCAUUUUACGGUAAGGCGGAUCCGAUAAGCAGAGUAGAACUUGUUUAUAUACGGUAUUUUUUGUUCAUUGAUCUCUUUUUGUAUUACGAAGUCCAUAAAGAUUAAGAUGACCGACUCCAAGUAUUUUACAACCACAAAGAAAGGGGAGAUAUUUGAAUUAAAAUCAGAAUUGAAUAAUGACAAGAAGGAGAAGAAGAAGGAAGCUGUCAAAAAGGUGAUUGCUUCAAUGACUGUGGGCAAAGAUGUAUCUGCCUUGUUUCCUGAUGUGGUCAACUGUAUGCAGACAGAUAAUCUGGAGCUCAAGAAAUUGGUGUACUUAUACUUGAUGAAUUAUGCCAAAAGUCAGCCAGAGAUGGCUAUUAUGGCAGUCAACACAUUUGUCAAGGAUUGUGAAGAUCCCAAUCCCCUGAUCAGAGCGCUGGCUGUUCGUACAAUGGGUUGUAUCAGAGUUGACAAAAUCACCGAGUAUCUAUGCGAGCCAUUGCGAAAAUGCUUGAAGGAUGAAGAUCCCUACGUCAGGAAAACGGCGGCAGUCUGCGUUGCUAAACUGUACGACAUCAAUGCUGUUUUAGUAGAAGAUCAAGGCUUUUUAGAUCAGUUAAAAGAUCUCCUGUCGGACAGUAAUCCAAUGGUCGUUGCUAAUGCAGUAGCAGCGUUAUCCGAAAUCAACGAAGCAAGCGCCAGUGGUCAGCCAUUAGUUGAAAUGAAUGCUCAAACCAUUAAUAAGUUACUAACAGCCCUGAACGAAUGUACCGAAUGGGGUCAAGUGUUCAUUUUGGAUUCCUUGGCAAAUUAUUCCCCCAAAGAUGAUCGCGAGGCUCAGAGCAUAUGCGAAAGAAUUACUCCAAGACUGGCUCAUGCUAAUGCAGCAGUGGUUCUUUCAGCUGUUAAGGUUCUGAUGAAACUUAUGGAAAUGCUACAAUCCGAAUCAGAUUUCGUUGGAACUUUAACGAAGAAACUUGCACCUCCAUUGGUGACAUUGUUAAGCUCCGAACCAGAAGUACAAUAUGUUGCACUUAGAAAUAUCAAUUUAAUUGUACAGAAACGGCCAGAUAUUUUGAAACACGAGAUGAAAGUCUUUUUCGUUAAAUAUAAUGAUCCUAUAUAUGUUAAACUCGAGAAGCUGGAUAUUAUGAUCAGACUGGCUUCGCAAGCAAAUAUCGCACAAGUUCUUUCAGAGUUAAAAGAAUAUGCUACAGAAGUGGACGUUGAUUUUGUACGAAAGGCCGUUCGAGCUAUUGGCCGUUGUGCAAUUAAAGUUGAACCUUCUGCAGAAAUGUGUGUUUCAACAUUACUCGAUUUAAUUCAAACGAAGGUAAAUUAUGUAGUUCAAGAAGCGAUUGUUGUAAUCAAAGACAUUUUCCGUAAAUACCCUAACAAAUAUGAGAGUAUAAUUUCGACUCUCUGUGAAAAUUUGGAUACGUUGGAUGAGCCCGAAGCGAGAGCGUCUAUGAUUUGGAUAAUUGGAGAAUACGCAGAACGUAUUGAUAACGCAGAUGAACUGCUAGAAAGCUUUCUGGAAGGUUUCCACGAUGAAAACACUCAAGUGCAAUUACAAUUACUUACCGCUAUUGUUAAACUGUUCUUAAAACGGCCAACCGAUACCCAGGAAUUGGUUCAGCAAGUUCUCAGCUUGGCGACUCAAGAUUCUGAUAAUCCAGACUUAAGGGAUCGAGGUUUUAUUUACUGGAGAUUACUUAGUACUGAUCCAGCUGCAGCGAAAGAAGUUGUUCUUGCAGAGAAACCCCUUAUCUCGGAAGAAACGGAUCUUCUAGAACCAACUCUACUGGACGAACUCAUUUGCCAUAUUUCCAGCCUGGCGUCGGUAUAUCAUAAGCCUCCUACAGCAUUUGUAGAAGGUAGAGCAGCAGGAGCUAGGAAAUCAUUACCUGCUAGAACCAAUUCGAAUGAAGACGCCAUUCAAAGAGUCACUCAACCUCCGGCUCAAGUUAUUCCUGCUCAAGAUUCGUUGAUAGGCGAUCUUCUCAGUAUGGAUAUCGGUGGCCCAGUAAUGCCAGCAGCACCCAGCGCUCAGCAAAGAUUAGGGGUAGAUUUAUUAGGAGGUGGACUGGAAGGAAUCUUGGCCAGCACCGAUACCAAUGCCGAAUCAUCCGCAAUUUCUCAAAGCACGACUGGUCUUCUUGGAGACAUAUUUGGAUUUAAUCAAGGUCCUUCGUCAUACAUACCACCAAAAGUAAAUUGGUUACCCGCUGAAAAGGGUAAAGGGUUCGAUAUUUGGGGAACCUUCUCAAGGAAAAAUGGGCAAAUCAGUAUGGACAUGACGUUCACGAAUAAAGCUAUGCAAGCUAUGGGUGGAUUCGCAAUACAGCUUAACAAAAAUAGUUUCGGACUGACGCCAGCCGCAUCGCUUCAGGUUGCUGGACCUUUGGGUCCAGGCGCCAGUGUGGAAACAAACGUUGUUUUAUCAACGGCCGGAGCAGUUCAACGAAUGGAGCCAUUAAACAAUCUUCAAGUAGCAAUUAAAAAUAAUAUCGAUGUAUUUUAUUUCGCAUGUCUAGUGCCUAUGAAUGUGUACUUCACUGAAGAUGGACAGCUCGAUAAAAGAGUCUUCUUAUCUACUUGGAAAGAUAUACCAGCUCAAAACGAGGUGCAAUACACGUUGAAUGGUGUGAUGCUCACCGUUGAUCAAGUGGUACAAAAAAUGCAGCAAAACAAUGUCUUUACAAUUGCUAAGAGAAAUGUUGAAGGGCAAGACAUGCUUUAUCAAUCAUUAAAAUUAACAAAUAAUGUUUGGGUACUCAAUGAACUGAAAAUUCAGCCUGGAAAUCCGGAUGUCACGCUCUCACUGAAGUCACGUUCCGUGGAAGUAGCACCUGGUGUUUUUCAAGCAUACAAUGCAAUUCUACACUCCUAAACUUCCAGAACUUUCACAAUUCUGUACUUAGAAAUUUUCUGAAUUUUUAAUCAAGCAUUGAGACAUUCAGAUUUAUCUAAUAUUCAGUGAGAAUGUUGAGUUGGAUUAAAAAUUGCUGUAAAAAUUAACUUAAAUAACACAAUAUCCCUAAAUAGAAAAUGAAUCUCAAAACAUAAGAAUAAACAUUGGAAAAAGUACUUGAAAGAAAAAUUAAGCAAUAGUCAAUAAAUAAAAGUGUUUGAAACUUGUUUAAUAUAUCACGAUUUUUAGAGUUCGAAUUUGCUGAAGUAAAUAGUAAUGAAAGAUUUGCUUUUAUGAGUAUUCACAUAUUUAAAGUUACGACUAUUGCUUACAAAUUCUAAUUAUAUAUCUUCAACUGUUAAUUAUGAAUAUUAACUUGAGUUUUUGUAAUUAGAAGAAGACUUUAUUUUAAAUACUUUCUACAAUGAAUUUAUGAAACAAAAUGGAUUCAUUUAUCACAGAACCCCAAAUAUACUUGUUACGUAAAAGAAUACAACAUGCAUAUAUAAUCACCCGCUGUUUCUAAAGUGAACAUUUUGAAUUACAUACAUGUGUAUUUAUAAAUGUACUAGUGUAAUGUGAAGCCAACCGAUACAGAAAUAAAAUUCAUACAUAUAGAAA